AUAUUUUUGAAGGAUUAAAGAAAAGGCAGUUAUUUGUGCUGCGUGAAUAUUGCAUUCCCGGCCGUCCAAACGCUGCCGUCGCCGGCAUAACUAAUCAGCUCUUUCAAGCUUCAGUUUUGAACUCUAAGAGUUUGGUCUAUUUAUAGGCCUAGAAGAGAUGAGUGCUGUAAAGGAAGAAUCUUCGGUUGCUACUGCCCCUCGGAAGAAAUUAUCGUGCACUACCUACUUUGAUGCUCUCAUGUUUUGUUACUCUCCGGUACAUCAGAUGCAGCAGUAUUAUCGAGCUGGGCAGCUUGAUACUUGUUCUGGGAAAUGGAGUGGUCUUGUCGAUUGUUUAAACUUGAAAACAAAGAGAGCCUCGGAAGUAGAGAAAAUUUUAGAAGCCCGUGAAAAGGAAAGGACUCAUAUUUGGUCUUUCCGGACACCCGAGGAAGCAGCAGCCAACUGGGAAGAAAUGUUUGGACACUUGGACGAAGUAGAAUAAGCAAUAUCAUGGGUGUUUAUUUUUUUUAUUAGACAUCAAUAUGGCCAAAGAAUAAUUAAUUCUGAAGACAUGUAUUUAGCAAAUUAAAUUCAUUGGAAUAGAAAUAUGAUGAGACUCUUUGUAUGUUUUGUCUUCACAUGAAAAAUAAUCUUAAAAACUUUUUGUUAUGAUAUGAGGAAACUUCUGUCCUUUGUGAA